AUGUCACAAACAGCAGGAAUUAAGAAUUAUUUUGUAGAAUGCAAAAAUGGAUUUUACGGAACAGACUGUAUACAGAUAUGUGGAUUUUGUAAAAUCGGUACCUUCUGUAACAAGACAAGUGGAGUCUGUCCAGAUGGAUGUCGGGGUAAUUGGAAUAACUCAAAGUGUUUAGCGUGCAAAAACGGAUUUUACGGUACAGCCUGUGAAUUCAAUUGUGGUAGAUGUAGCAAAGGAACCUUCUGUAAUAAUAUAACAGGGGAAUGUCCAAAGGGGUGCCAAGAUCAUUGGAAUGGUUCUUUAUGUCAAGAAUGUGAAUUCGGAUUUUACGGGCAGGAAUGUGAAAUCACAUGUGGAAACUGUAGAAAUGGGACAUACUGUAAUGCAACCAACGGGGUUUGCCCGGAUGGAUGUGAGAAUCAUUGGGAUGGCUCUAUGUGUGAUG